AUGCUUCUCUUUUUCGCAUUCGCAGAUGAAUUCCAGAGUCUGGCGCAGCACCGAGGGAAUGCCUUCAACACGCUGCAUCCAGUUCCAUUCGACCUCCUCCCCUACGUGGAGCAAGGAGAAUCCGCAUUCCGCGAGGUGAAAGCCACGCUGGAGAAGGGAGCCUGGAGCUUCGAGCGGGAGGACGACGGCGUCCAGGUCAGGAGCCUCUACAGCGACAAGUACAAGCGAUACGUCUUCCUCUCCGAGACGGUGAUAAACGCUUCCGUCGAGGCCAUCGUGGAGGAGCUGUGGUGGCAUUACGACGAAGCCACCGCUUGGAACCGAGAAACCACGGGCGUGGAAAUCAUCAAGAGAAUCUCCCCCGACACGAUGAUCGCCCGCACGAUCGGAGCAGACCAAGGCGCCGCGCAAUUCUCGACCAGAAGAGAUUUCUUGUCCGUCUAUUCCCGGAGACAAGUCGGGGAUAGCUUCUACCUAGGAAGCUUUUAUCCGAGCGGGGACGUGUUCACUCGGAGAGCAGACGGCACCACGACGUUCCAGUCCGUGCUGAACAUCGACAUUAAAGUGUACGCCAUCUUCGACCCGAUCGUCCGGCUCGUCACGCCGCUCUCGCUGAUCAAGGUCGCCAAGGCCCUCAGGGCGUACGCCCCGACGCUGAUGCGAGACUGACCCAGGGAACAAGAAAAUUCUCCGGCGAAAAGAUCCCGGAAACCAGCCAAAGACAAUAAAUGCAUUGAACGUUAC